AUGCCUCACUGCUGUGGCACGCUGGUCAAGAUCUUCCCCCUCCCAAAUAUCGCUUUCUCCACUAACUUGCCUCUGCUUGUCUUCGUGACGCCAGCUUCUACUCUGUCUCGCCCAGCUUCCUUGGGCGUCCAAUCCUCACCUGUGUCUCCAUUCAACUCUUCUCUCACCCCCCCCUUCUCCCCCAAUAACCAACCCCCGCCGGCUCCGCUUCCCUUCCAUUCCGACCGUGCAGGCCUGACCAAUGUCCUCUCCAUGUCAAACCCGCCGCCCGCUCCCGAAGACACCUUGCCUGACCCCCUGGUGACACCUGCCGCGCCUGCCCAUCAUGAUUGCUCGAAGAAAGCCGAGCAAGCUCGGCCCAGCCCACGUCACCACCUGGCGCAGGACCAACACUUGUUCCAAGGGGCUCAACAGGCGCAAUCCCCAUCCCGCGCAGAAUCCCCCACAAACACCCAUCAAUGGUCCCAGCCCAAGUCAACUUUCGCCCUAAAAAGGGCCUCGACGAUCCCGUUGGAGAAAUUCCCCCGUCCAGACAUUGCUUACAGCCCGCAACUGUCCGAACGGGAUAGUAUCUUUGCGACACAUUAUCUACCCUCAGACAGCGGCGCCAAUACCCCACAAUUGCCCCCCGAAAAAGCCCCGGACAAUGAGCGCCAGGUCAAUCUGAUCCCGGGCCUAGAUGAUGUGUCUGGAUCUCCAAGUCCUCUCUCCAAGGUCUCUCCCCAUCGUUCUCACGUCGACCCUUCCCACAUGGAAGUUGACGUCCGCAGACACAUUCCACUGCUCACACCUUCCCUCUUCUCCCCGUCCGAUGCUUCCCGCUUGUCUCUACUGCGCUCGUCUAUCUCGUCCGCAGACCAGGUGAAAGACCAGGAGGCGGAGGCUGUUGCCCAGUCGCGACGCCCCGGGCCAUCGGAUGAAUCAGGUACGAAGACCGGUGGCUCACAAAACACUCCGGUUGGACGCAGUCUUCUACCUUCCAUACUAGACGAUGUUUCUCAGUCUCCUCAGUCCCUGACAGCUCCUGCAACCGGUCAGGACUGGCCGACGGUCUACUCGGAGGCUGCGUCCUCCACUUCACGGGCAGAAUCUUCUCGGGGCAUCGCGCUGGAACGGAGCGCAAGCCGAGGUCGUCGAGGGCGCGUGGACAGUUCAAUUGAAGCAGAUAUAAGCAACGUAGAGCCCGCCUCUAACGUGCGCAGCCGUAAGUCCAGUCACUACCUGGGCUUAUUCAAAGAAAACACUACCUCGCCAGACCGCAAACGAUGGGAGGACCGUGCCCGACAGCACGAUGAGACGUUCGAGCAGACAGCCCGGACCAUGGAAAUUGAACACCCAGCAUUGCAUCUAGCGGCAGAUGAGGAGGGACUGCUCCGGAAAAGCAUUUCUCUCCCCUCGCUAGCCGAUGGCCCGUCGUUUCGCGCGCAGCGGUCGACCGAGUCGACUCUCCAGUCCGAGGAGGAUGAACCGUCAAAGCGCCGUCCACCGACUUUGCCUGGCAACCUUCUUGAGGAAAUCCGAAACUUCCAUCUAACACCCGGUGGAGGCCGCGGCUCCUCCUUUUCCAGGAGCAUUCCGACGCAGUAUGCCGAACGCACUCGCGACUACUUUCAGAAGGAGCCCCACGUCGAUCGAUUCUCCGAGUCGUUAAGCUCCCUUGACGAGGAAGGACGUCGAGGAUCUGCACAAUUCGAGGACGAGGACGAGGAAAAUGAGCAAAUCUCCUCUGCCGUUUACUUCCCUCACGAACGCGUUGCAGUGCCCGAAGGAGUCGAAGGCGCGGAGCCAUUAGUGGCAGACCCUAGUGCGCAAUCGGUGCAACUGUCUGCCGCAGAGGAGGGCCAUGAGCUGAUGUUGGUACCCCAAGAGGGUAUCGCUUCACCUGGACAGGACGUCAGUCAUGUGGAUAUAUCCUUUCGAUCUAAAAAUGAAAGUAAAAUCCUUUACGGUGAGCUUGGAGACAUUCGGCCUCCCACCGAGAGUGUGUCGGAGAAGUCUCUGAGUACAAUUCCCGAGCGCAGCUAUGAUUCCACUUGCGAGUCCGACGCCGUAUCUGCGGACGAAAGUGGUCAAUCUGUUCACGACGAAUCGAGUUUGACUGAUGAUGCGGAGUUAACGCCGACAGCGACUCCAACCCAGAGUCCGCGUUUUCCUCCCAAGCGCAAGACGCCUGGUCCGCUUGGAGCAGUGGAGCUCAAGCCUUAUCGGCAUCAAGUUGGUGGUCAUACGACUGUAUUCCGUUUCUCCAGGCGCGCGGUGUGCAAGCAGCUCAACAAUCGAGAAAAUGAAUUUUAUGAGCGAAUUGAAAGGAGACAUCCUGACAUGCUAGUGUUCCUUCCGAGGUAUAUCGGCGUCCUGAAUGUAACAUUCUCCAAGACCUCAAAGCGCUCCAAACGCCGAACAAAUCAAGCCGCGUCGGAAGCAAUGCAUGCCAAUGGGACCGCGUUAAAUCCGCAUUCCAUCGAAGCUCCAGAGCCGCAGCGAAUCGUGAGCCAGAAGCAAGUCACUGGAGUGAUCCCUAAAGUAAUUCUCGAAAAUAACCGGCACAUCAUCCCAGCCGAUCUUUUUUCUCGCCCACAACGACCACGACUGAUUGAUGAUACGAUGCUGGGUAGACCUCGCUCAGCUGACGGCUUGGGCGAAACAUCCACAGAAUCUGAUUCGUCCGCCCUGCGGAAGCGAACCAAGAUUUGGGGAGCUACCACUGUUAACCGGAAGCUUCAGGAGCAGGUCCUUCGGGAAGUUUUCAGUCCACCGGCCAUUCACCAGCAUCGACGCCACGCUCGUGGACACAUACAUCUACCUAGAGCUUCUUCCUAUAUUCCUCGUCGCCGUGGAAAUCUUCCAGAAGAUCACACCUCUAGCAGUCAACCCUCCCCCCCCAACCAAGAUGGAUGCUCUGCACCCCCCGCAAUGAACAUCAGAAUAUCCUCCGAGAAUGGCCAGACCCUUUCCUCAUCCGCCUCGACUGCAUUAGAAGAAAAUCGCGGCCGACUGGAGAAAGUACAAACGGAGGACCAGCCGAACCGUUCCAACUCCCUCAGCCGAGGGCAGCAAGUACGAAGGCGUCACUCUGGAGGUGGUCUGCAGCGUCGUGGGAGUUUGAACUCGCACAAAACUGGAGAUCUCAUGUUCUUCGAGGAUGAAGGGUAUGGUGGUGAUAAGGAGGAUGAAAUCUUCUCGAUGGAGAGUGAUGUCGCUAUUCCUCCCAGCCAACCUCCGACAGUCAAGCGUUCCUCAUCUCCAUCCUCGGAAAGCACCUCGAUUAGUGAAAGAUAUGCUACGGAAUCUACAGCUGGAAGACCUGUUGACAACCUUCGUACCAGCGUUAAGGACGACGACGACGUCGGCACUCAUUUACCUAGCAAUCCUAAGGAGGCGCAGCUGAGGAGGGAUGAACGGGUACAAUUCUUCCUCCUUCUGGAAGAUCUUACGGCUGGCAUGAAUAAGCCGUGCGUCCUUGACCUCAAAAUGGGUACUCGGCAGUAUGGCAUUGAGGCAAGUGAGAAGAAAAAGAAAUCGCAGAGGCGGAAGUGUCAGUCGACCACCUCACAGCAACUUGGAGUUCGUCUUUGCGGUAUGCAAGCCUGGAAUGUCAAGAAGCAAGAGUACAUUUUCGAGGACAAGUACUUCGGUCGCGAUUUGAAGUCUGGCCGAGAAUUCCAGGAUGCACUUACCAGAUUCCUCUACGACGGAGUCAGCUACACCAGCGUGGCCAAAAAGAUUCCAGUCAUUCUAGAGAAAUUGUCACUCCUGGAACACAUGAUUCGUAGGCUGGAUCGAUACCGCCUUUACGCUAGCAGUCUUUUGAUCCUGUACGAUGGAGAGCAGGCGACACCCCCACAAACCCCCAAGCACCCAGGCGACCCCCAUCCUCCUCGGCGCCAGGCGUCUGAUGAUGGUCACAACAACAUUGAUGUCCAGCUGAAAAUUGUCGACUUUGCCAAUUGCGUGACUGGCGAGGAUGAGUUGCCUGCAGACACACCUUGUCCGCCGCACUUCCCUCAGGACAUCGACCGAGGCUACCUGCGUGGUCUUCGCACCUUACGGAUGUACUUUCAACGGAUCAUGAAAGAAAUCACCCAGGAUGAGUUUGUGGAACGUGGCGAGGGAGAGGCAGUUGCGCUGGGUUCCCAGCCCGCUGUUCGUAAAGGUCCCUCUGAUCAAUUUUGGGAUGAAAACGUGAUGGAGACCGAUGUGGGUGAAGUCAGCUUCUGA